CCUCAGCUAGUAAAAAAGGUAUUUGUUCUUUGAAUGAGUCACAAAAAUUAAAAACUUGCUGCAGAAAUAAAAUUGCUGUAAUCUGUGAAUCAAAUCUCGGAAAAAUGUUUUCAAGUGGCCCUAAUUAUACGAAAUUGAAGACUAAUCUUCGUUUAGCAGUGAAUAGAUUGAAGCUAUUGGAAAAAAAGAAAACGGAACUUGCUCAAAAGGCUCGAAAGGAAAUUGCAGAUUAUUUAGUUGCGGGUAAACCUGAGCGUGCUAAAAUUCGAGUAGAGCAUAUCGUGCGAGAGGAUUUUCUAGUGGAGGCCAUGGAAAUAGUUGAAAUGUAUUGCGAUUUGAUUUUAGCUAGAUUCGGGCUCGUUACACAGAUGAAAGAAAUCGACGAAGGUAUUGAGGAGGCUGUUAGCAGUAUAGUUUGGGUGGCUCCUCGAUUGCAGGCCGAUGUUCAGGAACUUAAAAUAUGUGCUGAUGUGUUCACUAUAAAAUAUGGCAAGCAAUGGGCAGAAUCAGUACGAGCGGCUAUUCCGCCACACAAAGUAUCCGAUAAACUGAUGCAUAAAAUGGCUAUACAAGCUCCUCCAAAGCUGUUAGUUGAAAAAUAUCUCAUCGAAAUUGCAAAAAUAUUCAAUGUUGAUUACGAGCCGGACCCGUUAGUGAUGCAGAGCGACAAACCAAAUACUAGCGACAGUAUUCUUAUAGAUUUGUCAGACCGAAACAAUCUUGAUGGUAAUUCUGGUGGUGGACCGUCGUCCGGCGGAGGCGGCGGUACACCUGCUCCACCUGGGUUUAUCGGAUACCCACAGCCACCAAAUUUACCACAACUACCUAUUCUACCACCGACAGUGCCUUUCAGUUACCCGGGUUCGAGCGGCCAGAAUUUCGGAUCGGCUUCGGCGCCACCUUUCAACUAUAAUAUUCCUCCGAAUCCCGCAGUUCCGCCAGCAGAUGAGGUGAAAGAUUUGAAUAUCAAUUCGAACUUCUUGAAGCAAGAAAAAAAUUCAGACCUUGAGCCUCCGCCAUCGUACGCAUCCUUGAGUCCCGACGAUAAUAUGCAGAACUCAUCAAAACCCAAACCGCAGCCACGAUCGAAGUUUUCGCCAGACCUGAAUUAUCCGGUUCUACCAAAUGUUCCCUCUGACUUGCCUGAUGUCCCAAAUGAUGAUAACCCGGACGCAGGUGGAAUUGACCGCGAUGAUAACGAUGAGAUUGAUUUUGAUGAACUUUCCAGACGUUUCGAAGAGCUUAAGAAAAGAAAAUAACUCUCCCUAGGUUCAGUACAGUUGAACAGUUUCGGAGCCACCCUUGGUAUCAGAUUGGAAUGCAGUUGCUUCCGUUAUUACUACUGUUUUCAACUCAAUAGCUGUGCCUGGGUUAAAGAACUGUGAAGAAAAAUGUUCUGGUGUUGCUAAAAACGCUUUAUGUUACUAUUUAGCAUAAUGUAUAACUACAUUUAAAAGAUAAUAAAU